AUGACGACCGUUCUACAGGCUCCUCUUCCUGGGGCCUCACCUUUCUCCUCGAGUCCCAUACACUCGUCCUCAUAUUCAGACCUCUCUACAUUGAAGGAUUCGGUACCAUACGGUCAGACACCAAAACAGAAUUCAUCUUACUCGCGCCACAACUAUGCCAGACAUUAUGCAGAUUCCGCACCCUCAACCGCGCCGUCCUCUCCUCAAUUGACCUACACAACAUCCUCUAGGCGGGAUUCCUACGCCUCGACACCGGCAAGCAGCCUCUCGUUAGAAAAGGAUAUGCUUGAUGAGGAUGAUGACAUGGCAUUUCCGGCGUUUGGGAACUCCGGCGUCUCCAGCCAGCAAUAUGAAGAACCAGUCGAGCAAGAAGAUGCUUCUCAGAUACCCAGCCCCAUUACCGAAGAGUCGUCCUUAUCUAGCAAAUCCACACAGGACGACCAAGCUAUAGAAGCCGAACCCACACGGCACGUUGACUAUUUGUCCCACGAGUGGAAAGAGGAAGAUAUCUGGUUAUCUUGGAGUUACGUCUCUCACCGAAGAGGGUCACUUGCUAAUGGUACACGACUCGAGAAUGCUUCGUGGAGGUCGUGGGUUAAGGCCAAGAACCAGCUCAAAACUGUCUCGCCCGAAACACUGAACUGGCUCAAGGACUGUGAUGUGACUUGGCUUUAUGGACCUUUACAACAGACUAAGGCCAUCCCUAUAUCAUUUGAAAAGAGCUCCCCUCCCCCCAGCCGACUGUCCCAUUCAUCGUCAUUCGUCUCGAAAAAGCCGAUUCUUAAGAAGAAAUCUGCUUCGGCCGCCAUUCUGGAACGAUCACGGUCACAACACUCUUUACUGCAGAGAGCCAGUGACAUUAUCAGGGUUCAGCAAUCGAGUCCUGCACAUGGCCGCCCGAUUCUCCGGCGAGGACAUUCAGAAUUCACACUACCUCAAUAUCCAAACAGCUCUGUCCUCACAACGCCUGCCGAGCAUGAAACACCCGGCGGCUUCUUUUCCGCUGAACGUUCGUCGUUUACCUUGCCCGAUGCCCCGACACCUUCGGAAUGCAAACAUGUUCUCUUUGAUGAAGAAGUUCGUCAAGUCCAAGCCAUUGACUCGGAAGACGACGACAAAGCCGAAGACGAUGAUGUGGGUAUCGAUACUGACGAAGAUGACGAUUUCGGUCUGAUGAUGGCUCCAUCUCAACGCGGAGGUCAUGUUAGUAAUCGAGCGACACCCCGGGGCAGCUUUAGCAACGAGUCUAAGACGAUCGUGCCACUACCAUCUACGACACUUAAAUACCGGCACGAUACACCUGAGCCUCCGGAGGUGCCGAAAGGCAACUUUGGGUUGUGGAAUAGCGGACACAGGCUGUCUCCUUCACCAUCUCAAGCAACACUCCGGCCGUCGAGACCGAGUCAAAACUUCCUUCUUGAUGAUGAUCCAGAAGUCAACGAUGAACCUUGGCAACCUCAAUCCUCAUUAGGGGCCGGGCGGUCUCCUUACGAUGACGAAGACGACCAUGAUAACCACCCUAACAUGAGGAGAACCGAGUCCGGUAUGUUUAUGCCAUAUGACGAAAAUGAAGAAGAAGCAGUCAUGAACAGUACGCUGUUCGGUCAAGCAGUCUACGCUGUGAACACUUUCAAAGACAUUGCCCACGUGGUGUGGAACGUGGGCUGGAAUCGAAGAUGA